AUGGGGUGCUGCUGCUCAUGGAUUCGUGGUCAUUGCACCGUGAAAUGCAGCAGCAUACGCCUCGGGUGCUGCUGCUCGUGGGUUCGUGGUCUUCGCACCGUGAAAUGCAGAAGCAUACGCCUCCUGAGCUGUGCUUGCUGUUGUUCAUGGAUCCGUGGCUUGUGCGGCAGGAAGAAGAGGGAGGCUGGGCAAGAGACAUCGACAUCAGAGAGAAAGAAAACAAAGAGGAAGUGGAGGCGCAAUUUCUGUGGCUGGACGUCACAUGAAGCGAAGGAGCCAUCAACAUCAGAGACAAAGAAAACAAAGAGGAAGUGGGGCCGCAAUUUCUGUGGCUGGACGUCACAUGAAGCGGAGGAGCCAUCGACAUCAGAGACAAAGAAGAAGAGGAAGAACGGGUGGGGCCGCAAUUUCUGUGGCUGGACGUCACAUGAAGCGGAGGAGCCAUCGACAUCAGAGACAAAGAAGAAGAGGAAGAACGGGGCGUCGAGCUCUGAGCCGGACAACAAAAGGUGGUUCAAGACCAAGAUUUGGAGAAAGAAGAAGGCCAAGAACAAACAGUUGGCAACCCUUGUGAAAGAGAUUUCACUCCCAAAUAGUCCCAAGGCCAGGGCUGCGGCAGGGGAAAUACUACGGAUCGGCAACCACAACAUUCCUAGCAGAGUGUUUACGUACAGUCAACUGUCAGACGCGACCAAUUCUUUCAGCCAGGAGAAUCUCCUGGGAGAAGGUGGCUUUGGAAGGGUGUACAAAGGAUACAUUCCAGAGACCAUGGAAGUCAUAGCGGUUAAGCAGCUGGACAAGGAUGGGUUGCAAGGAAAUCGUGAGUUCCUUGUCGAGGUGCUGAUGCUUAGCCUCCUUCAUCACCCAAACCUUGUCACCUUGCUCGGUUACUGCACCGAAUGUGACCAAAAGAUUCUAGUGUAUGAGUAUAUGCCACUCGGUUCUUUACAAGAUCAUCUCCUAGAUCUCACUCCAAAAUCUCAGCCGCUGUCCUGGCAUAUGCGGAUGAAGAUUGCAGUUGAUGCUGCCAGAGGCCUCGAGUACUUGCAUGAGGUAGCCAAUCCACCGGUGGUAUACCGUGAUCUCAAGGCAUCAAAUAUUCUCUUGGACGGGAACUUGAGUGCAAAGUUGGCAGAUUUUGGCCUUGCAAAGCUUGGCCCAGUCGGCGACAAAACUCAUGUCACCACAAGGGUGAUGGGCACGUACGGAUACUGCGCUCCCGAGUACGCCAUGAGUGGCAAGUUAACAAAGAUGUCAGACAUAUAUUGCUUUGGUGUAGUUUUCUUGGAGCUCAUCACUGGGAGGCGAGCAAUCGACACCACGAAACCAACUCGCGAGCAAAUUCUUGUCCACUGGGCAGCGCCACUCUUCAAGGAUAAGAAGAAGUUCACCAAGAUGGCUGAUCCAAAACUUGACAGCAAGUACCCCUUAAAAGGUCUAUACCAUGCACUUGCAAUUUCAUCAAUGUGCCUACAAGAAGAAGCAAGCAGUCGUCCACUAAUCAGUGAUGUGGUGACGGCCCUUACAUUUCUUGCUGAUCCAAACUAUGACCCUCCAGAUGACAUUGAACCUCUACCUAUAACAGUUCCCGAUUUCGACAGAGGAAUUAGCCUAGGCGAACCUGAAGAGGUCAAAGAAAAGUUUGAGGGAAAACAAGUAGAGGAUAGCUAA